CCAGUCUCCACUCUCACCCCUCGCCAUACCCGCUGAUCGUCGGAGAUUCUUUCUCCGAUCACCAGAAAUAGGUUCAUCAAUGCCUCCGAGCAUUUUAAGAUUGUCCGAUGGCGAUACAACCGUUACGCUACAGACGCCGUUCACCGUCUUGACUACUUCGAAAAAGCGGAAACGACCGCCGAUGAUUGAGAUCCCUAACGUACUUCAAGAAAUCGAGUCCGCCGCCGUUAAAUUCACACCGAAGAACUUUGAAUCCAGAUCUGACGCCGUUUUCUCGUCUAGUGGAUUUGGCGUUGGUGUUUGCUCCGUCAAAGGCAGGAAAUCGUUCAUGGAAGAUACUCACACGAUUGUUUCUUCUUCGAACACCGAUAAGGUUUUUUUUGGAGUUUAUGAUGGACAUGGAGGCAGCAAAGCUGCGGAAUUUGUAGCGAAGAAUCUGCACUCCAAUGUACUAGAGAUGUUGGAUAAAUGCUCAGAUAAUACAACAACAGAAGAAGUCGUUAAAGCUGCAUUCAUUAAAACUGAUGAUGAAUUCCUAAAACAGGGAUUAGGGAGUGGCACUUGCUGUGUUACAGCCCUUAUAAAAGGAAAAGAACUUGUCGUAUCGAACUUAGGCGAUUGCAGAGCCGUUCUUUCCAGAAAAGGAAAGGCCGACAUGUUAACUAACGAUCACAGAGCAUCGCAUGAGGAUGAACGUAAACGGAUAGAAGAUAAGGGCGGAUAUGUAGAGCUUCAUCGUGGGACUUGGAGGGUUCAUGGUAUACUCGCGGUCUCAAGAAGCAUAGGUGAUGCUCAUUUGAAAGAUUGGGUUGUGGGUGAGCCCGAGACCAAGGUGUUACCAUUGACUGAAGACUUGGAGUACCUAGUCUUGGCUUCCGAUGGACUUUGGGAUGAGGUUGGAAAUCAAGAAGCUAUUGAUGUAGUGACACGAUGCAUGUUGUCACCGAAAGCGAAGAAAGUUUAUCGAAUGAAACGGACUGUUAAGAAUAACCGGAAAGAAAGCGAAAACAAUGAACCUACUAGACCCAUGGUUAAGACCAGGACUCUGAACCAGAACUCUAACUGCAAACUAGAAUCCCAAACCAAGCUUAUAGAAGCUUGUAGGGAGCUAGUAAAUCUUGGUGUAAGUAGAGGUAGUUUAGAUGAUAUUACAGUCAUGAUAGUUGACCUAAAAGCUUUCCAAUAACUAAAUGUACAUUUGUG